CAAGUAUUUACAUAUGUAUAAGCAAAAUUCUUACUACACUCCCAGCUUGCACUUCAAGAUAGACAGUGGUUCCUCCCCACCCCUCGCGGUUCCUUCUUUCUUUUUUUGACAGCCAGUUAAUAAAGACUCAACAAUAAGCAGCUGCUUGUGAUGUCAUUUGGGACUUUGUCCACAGAGCUUGUAUUUACAAGUACGGAGCCGCAGAAAAACUAACUGGCAGCAAACUUUAUGUCUGCAGUUACAGUAGGACUUUCAACUGUGCUCAUGAUGAACUUGAGAGCUCACUCAGUCCUCCACACCAGAAAUUUUUAAGGCUUGAUAAAUAAACACAGCAUUUACUCAAGAGGAUUCUGGACAGCAGGAAACUUCCACAGGUUUUUCAUUUCUCUAGUACUGGAACAAGUUUUAAUGGAGCAACAGCAAUGAAAAUUGCAAAUACAUGGUAUUUCCAACAAAGAACAUUAUAGACAUGGAUAAAAAGCAGCAAAUAGUAAAAAAGGAGUUUGGGAAGAGAUUCUCCCUGGACAGCAGACUCAUGGAGUACAUGGACUCAAAUAAAUACGUAGAUUACUUGCUAAGUCACAUGGAAGAACAGCGCUGGAACUUGUGGAAGGAAAAGUUGUCUGUGGCCCGGCUACAGCAGGAAGUUGCCCGAAAUAAGAGUGACGGAACAAUGCGCGAGAAGCUGGUACAUGAGUUGGAGGAAGAGCGACAUUUGAGAUUUGAAAGUGAAAAAAGACUACAAGAAAUGACACUAGAGUCUGAGCGCCAUAGAGUUCAAAUGUGUGGACUGCAACAGCAGUUUUCAAGAAUGGAAGAAACAGUGAGGAACCUACUACAAAGUCAAGGAUUAUCUGAACCCAAUGGAGAAGAAUCUGUGCCCAUAUUAAAAUCUUAUCAGGAAACAUUAAUGCAAGAGGGCAAGCAGUGCAAAACAGGAGUGGAAGACAUUUGCAUGUCAGAUAAACAUUCAAGGAGUGAAAACAGCAGCAGUGAAGAGGAAAGAGACAAAUCAAAAUUACUCUUGGAACGGCUGAAGGCUCUGGAGGCAGAGAAUUCCGCACUGGCUAUGGAAAAUAAAAAUCAGCGAGAGCAGUAUGAAAGGUGUCUUGAUGAGGUAGCCAACCAGGUUGUACAAGCUCUGCUUACUCAGAAGAAUUUGAGAGAAGAAUGCUUGAAGUUGAAAACAAGAGUUUUUGAUCUGGAACAACAAAACCAAACACUAAAUGUGCUAUUCCAGCAAAGAGUGAAACCAACAUCUAGCAUACUGUUUCAGGAAUGCCAGCAGAAUAUGAAAUCUGGAAUACCUGCCUUGAAAUGCCAGAAUCAGCUAAAUGGGUUUGGACCUCACCAAGUUUAUCCUCGAAGCAGCUGCAGCAGCAGUGAACUCUCCUUGUCUAGCGCCUGCAGUGAAUAUUCCAGCAGUUCAUCUUGGAAUGAUGGGAAAGCAUGCAAGAAAAAGUCAGUAAGCUGGGAUAAAAGGAUAAGUAUAGGCUCUUCAUUCCCCAGCAACCAUUCCAGUCCUGCUGAUGACCUACCUCCAACUCGUAUCAAGGAAAAUCACAUUUUGGAUGGGCUGAAGAAGCUACAAAAACAAAAAACAACAUUAGAACCUCCUUCGGUUGUAUCCAAGUGGGGCUAUAAAGAUUGCAUGGAUUCUAACGAAGGAAUCUAUUCUCCUGGAAUUAAGUACGGCACUCAUAAAGAACAGGCUAAUAGCAGGCCUGAAACAGAAGCGGUUUGCCUAGAUCACCAAAAAAUCUUUGUGUAUGAUUCUGAUUCCCACGAGGAUGUGGAUGAUGACUCUUCAUCUUUAGCACUACUGCAUGAACUACCAAGGAAAGACUGUCGGCACUACUAUAAUAAAUUAACUCACAGUGUUUCUGACAGCUUAUUUGGCUGGGAACCUGAUAGAAGGCAUUUAUCAGAAAUAAGUUCUUACUUUAAUUCAAAGGAAAAACCCGAAAAACUGACUAGUUUUGUCAAUGGAUUUCAAUUGGGUUCAAAAUCGUGCAGGGAUAUGAAGCUGCCUGUGCUGCAGAUAGAUAAAAGUCAUUCCAGUGUAAGCUGGAGAGACCUUAAUUUACACCUUUCAGAUACUGAUGACAAUGAAAUCCUUGAUGAAUUACAUAUAGAAAGCAGCGACGAGAAAAGCCCACCGUAUUUGUCAUUAGCACCCUCUGCAGAAAAGAACACAGAGAGCUGUGGUGUGCUUGGGGAGAAAGGAAACACUCAGCUGGCAUCUUCUGAAAAACAAGCCCCUCCCUCAGACAUCAGGACAAAGGCAUGCAAUUUUAUUAAGCAACAAAAAAUUAUAAAGAAGACUUCUUCAGAAGAAUGUAUUACUGUAAUAUUCGAUGCCGAAGAUGGCAAACCUAUUGAAUUUAAUUCACAUCAGGCUGGAAUUGUUACUGUAACUAGAAAUGAAAUUUCAAUUCACCAGCCGGACGAUGCAGAAAACACUACAUGUUUAUCUCAGGGAGUAUCUAAUUUGCAAAAUGCAAUAGAUGCUAAAAGCUGCCAUGUUAUGCAAAUGCCUGUUAAUAAAGCAGAGAGAAAAACUGCCCCAAGUGAUUUCAAGGAUGACUGUGCAAGUGUCCCUACUCCCCACAUCAGAGAUUGUCCUAUACAUUUCAGAAAACCACUGUGUCAAAAUACAUCUCAACAAAAACUAACCAAGCCUGGAUGCAGUAUUUCUUCUAAUUUGAGCUCCCCUUCUUGUAUCCAAGAGGGUAAUAAUCAAAAACACAAGUUAACAAAAGUAUCCAGCAGAGACAGGUUUUUACCCCAGACAGCAAAAGUGGUCAUGGCUGAAAACUUUCCUUUAGUCUCUUCACAUUGCUUUAAGACCUUGGAUAAAGGUCCACUGUCACCUGCAAAAUGGUUGAGACGCCAAAAGAUGGCAAAUCCAAAUCAGAAUUCAAAAGUAGGCUUGAAUAACUGCAAGAUGUUAGCCCAUCCAGAAACUAAGAAUUUGCUCUCAGAAUCAACUGCCCUGCCUCAGCAUCUUCUAGAGCCUGUCCACAGUGAAGAGAAACCAACCAGAGAUGUCCAUUGUGAUGGGCCACCAGUGGAGGCCAGAUCUCCAUCCCCUCCCCUUCCUACUGACAGAUCAGCUUCACUGCUAAUUAGACCACAUUAUGAACAUUCACCCCCUGUUCUUGACCAACCAGGAGCGGGUUUUCUCAGUGAUACAAGAAAAGAUGUCCAGUUGUCACCACAGAAAGGAAAGUCAGUGCCUGUUUGUCAUAACGUUGCUGUUUAUGAAACAAAAACUGCUAAGCUGCCUACAACACCUCCAGUUGAAUCAAACCAUUUUCAGGACAAGGGGGAAGGCAAAUGCAUAUCAGAAAAGUCCCCGGCCACAAGCCAAGUCGUUUCCAAGAUUUUCAGCAAGAAAAUUGGUCCACCAAGUUCAAACUUGCCCAUGUUCUACAGCAACCAAGAACUAUACAAUUCCAGAGUUGUCCCUACAGCUUUCGCCCCGCAAGAUAUAAGCUCCCUGCCUCAGGAGACUGGUGUACCUCAGAAACCAAAGUUUCCCGAAAGUUUCUGCACUUCAUUGGAGCAUCACAUAAGUACAGUUGGGGAACAGAGUGUAUUGCCUCAAAUCAACCCUUCUCCAGUUCCUUUGCUAUUUCAGGGAAGGGAUGAUGGAAGCUUGUCUGACAAGGUCCUGAAGCCCCAUCUCUCUGUGGGACUGAAAUUAUUCAUAACUUCUCCCCGCUUUGUCAGGAAGAGUUCCACCGUGCCAGGAAAGCAGGAAAAAGACUGUAUGAAUGCAGCCUCUAAAUGCAGCGUGAAUUCAGAUAAACAGAGGCAAGGUGACUCUUCACCUCAAACCACUAUAGACUCGGCAGACCCGGAAGAAUGGAGUCCAGAGCCCCAAAUAAAGGGAAGUUUCUCAAAAAAGCUCAAAAUGGACCCAGCCUUCCCCAUUUCCUCUGAAACUUGCAAUUUGAUAGAGACGGACAGAUUUGAAAACAAAUCUGUUAAAAGAUCCCUUUCUUCUAGUAAUAAAGCAUACCUGAAGCCAGCCCUUGGCAUGACCGGAGCCAAGGCCCGUAGUCAAAGUUUCAGUAUUUAUACUGAAGAAAUAUUGCACGCGCCUUCCCCAGAACGGUUGGGAAAAGUGAGAACGCAGAUUAUAACAAAUACAUCAGAACGAGGGAAUUCUCUGACCAGGCAAAACUCAGCAGUGGAGGGAUUACAAAUGAAGUUUGUUUCAGAAUCGGCUGGGACAGCAGAGGUGGCUCCUGCAGUUCCUUGCACUCGGCAAGGCAUGUGUGCAAAAGCGACCGGUUCCAAUAGUCAGAUGAGCAACCCAAGCAAGCUGCCGUUUCGAACGUCUCCAAAAGGAGAUCUGUGCACCAGCGUUUUGAAAAAGGGGAUCCACAAAUCAGCAUCCCAGAGCGAAGUUCCAAAAACAUCUGGCCAAGAUGAAAAAAGCAGUGACAUUUCCAAGCGUCAGUCAGCAGUGGAAAAAAGUGUUACCCAGACAGAAAUCAACCAAACCAGUGUUUCCUCAGACCAAAUUUUCCCUUUUCAGAAAAAUGUGGACAGGAUUGAGCGUCAUCAUAAAGCCGAAGGAAGCAAGACAGCAUUGCAAGAAAUGUGUCUAAAUGGUCCCGAAACCUCUGGAAAGGCUUCGGUUUCAACCAGCUCACAUCCUACAAUAGAAGAAAAAGUGAUGUUGUGCAUACAAGAGAACAUGCAGAAAGGACAAGGGCAAAACACAUCUGGGCCUGAGAUGAAACAAAAAAAUGGGGGCCCUUCUCUUGCCAGCUGGUUUGGUUUCCGAAAAAGUAAGCUCCCAGCCCUGAACAGCCGAAAAAUAGAUACCUCAAAAGUCAAAGUAGAAAAGAAAGAGGCCAAAGGUUCAGCUUUUGGAAGUAAGCAAGCAAAAUCGGAAAAAAGGAAAGACAAAAAGAAAAGCGAACAGCACUGCGAAGCGGAAAAUGAGCUGAACAGGAAAACUUCUGUCCUUUUAGAGGGUGCUCCCAAAGGAAAAAAAUUGACAAAAGCUGUUCACCCAAACCCAAACCAAACAAGAUCCGAACAGAAAAACAGCCCUACUGCUACCUACUCAGGAAAAGACAACUUUAUGAAAGAGCUUUUACACAGAGUUGAUAAGAAGGCAGCCCAGCAGACAGAAAGUGGAUCAAAAAAUGUUUCCUACAGGAGCGUGUCGAAGAGCCUAUCCCAGGGUUCUCCUCUUCCCAGCAACUCCAUCAAUACUCAAAGAAACCAGAAGAAAAACAGCAAAACAAAGGUUGAUAUAGAAAUACCAAACAAGACCUUGGUCAAGGUAGUAAGAGAAAACUUUCAAGAAGAUGCAGAAGAUAACCUCCCAGAUUCAAGAAAUCAAAGCCAUUUAAUAGAAUCCUGCUGCCAAAUGAGGACAUUGGACAGUGGAAUAGGAACCUUUCCUCUUCCAGACUCAGGAAACCGUUCAACGGGCCGACACGUUUCUAAACAAGGACUGGAUUUAGAAAACGAAGAUUUCACAUCACCCGAGCAACCUUUUCCUCAGUCUCCAUCUGAGAAAGCCCAAACCCUAGAACGAGAAGUGCCUUCAACAACUAAUAAAAGCCCGGGAUCUGUCGAGAGUGUAAUUUCUCAUUCCGCAUCAGAUCCUACAAUGGCUGAUAGAGGCGUGCGGGCUUUGCAGAGUCAUCUUCCGAAAGCAGCUUCUUCAGGAGUAACAGGUCCCGUGGGAAAAAACAGUCAAGAAUCGAGUUGUUUGGCUUCGGCAUCAUUAGAUGAUUCAGAGAAAGAAAAAAACAGCAAUGUAAAGAUGUUUCCAGACUGGAGCAGCAAGAAUGUUAUCAAAGCCAAGGACAGGGCACUGAGAGUGUGCACUUACUCUGCUAGCAGUAGCAGUGAUACCGAAAUGGAGCUAGAGCAUGAAACAAAUGAUUUUGGAACUGGAGGGGAAAUGUUGGUAGAUUUAAUGAAGAGCAACAAACAAGCAAUCAUAUGGGAGAAGUUACUGUCAUAUAAUCAGAAGCAAGUAUCCUUGGAUAAAGGUGGACUUGAAAGUGGGCUGCCCCAUCUUCAAGUUACAAAUCUUAAUUAUUACUUUGUUCUUCUCACCACUGGAGAAAUUGAAGCAACCUGAGGAAAUGAAAGAAUCUCAAAAAAAAAAGGAUGUCUAAAGUUUGCCUUGAACGCUCAUUAAAUUUAAUAGCAACAAAUGCAUUUUGUUGGGAAAAGAACAGUGCAAAUAAGGUUGAAGGGCAAGAAGAAAAUGGGAAAAAUGAAGAAAUAUUUCUAAAUAGUUCUUGAGGUAGAGAACACAUAAAACCUUUCAGAGAUUCUUUGUAUGGCAGCUUCUCAUCCAGUGCAAGAUCAUACAAGGUUUAAAGAUACUCUACAGCGAUGAAGCACUUAACAGAAGAACUAAACAAGAUCAGUAAAUAUAUUGAGAGUUGCUAAGACUCACCAUAGCAUAUAUCCUGAUACGAUUGUACAAUAAAGAGGAGACUGCAUCCUUGUGAAAAGAGAGAAAACACAAUACCUAUAAAACAGUUAUAACUUUUAAAGUCUUAAUUUGCACUUUCAUGAAUUAUUGUACAGAAGUUGUAAAAAUGUUCUUUGACAAAGAAAAUUAUAUUUGUAGAAAAACGUGAUAGCAAUAAAUACUAAUUUGUGCCGUGUUUCUGAAAUGGCACUUUACUAACUUUAAAUACUGGUCUUAAUAUUAACAAAAUUAGUGUUCACUUUUAUAAAGUAAAGUUUUAUAAACAUUCUAGUCUUAAAAUCUUAUGCAGCUGAAUUGCUUUGUUUGCCAAAAUUGAACUUGCCAAAUUACAUUAAAACCACUUGGAUUACAUUAUACAACAUAAAAAUGCUGUUUUUGAACCAAGAUUUAUUCCUAGUUCAAACAUCUCCAAAAGAUACUCCAUAUGUAGUCUUCUGUAAUUGUUAUAUCUUGUGCUGAUUUAACAUGUAUUCAGAUUUUAUCUUAAUGUUAUUUCAGAAUCAUGGAAAAAAGGCCAUUUAGAUUUGUAAUUUACAUGUUAAAUUUUUGUAACAAGGAAAAAAUGGUGCUAGCAAAGAAAUUUGUGAUUUUUUUCCUACAAAGACUGUUUAUAUGUGAGGGAAAAUGUCUAUUUCAAAGGUGGAGUGUUAUUUUUUCUAGAUGUGAAGUAUUUAUAACAACUUUUGUACAGCAAUCUGUAAUCUAGCUACAUUUGUGAUACUUAGUCAUUUUACUGUUUAUAGCAAAUUCCUAUUCAUUUUUCCUCAGAGUAUGAUGUACUAUCAGUGUUAUGUUAUUAAUACUUUUGUGCAAUGUUACAUUUUAUGUUGUUUUAAAUAUACUGUACUGUCAGGGUGGGAUUUCAUUCUCUCAGACUUUUAUAAAAUUUAUUUUGGAAUUUAUUUCUGAAUAAAAGUCAUAUCACAUCUA